UUGUGAUAAAUAUAGCAUCUACUUUCCGACAGAUGUUGUUUCGUACAUUGAAAGAAAGUCAACUACUAAGUUUGGCCAGUCUGAUUGGAAAAUAGUAGUGAAAAUGGCUCUUCUGGAAGUUUAUGAAUCAGAUAUAGUGAAUUAUUCAGCAAAAGGUACCAGGUGCAAUAAAAAAACGGGUAUUGAUCCGUCAGUGUAUAAUGCAAUUUUAGGUUGGGCACGUUCUAGGACUUCAGAAGAGAUCAAAGAGAAAGACUUCGUUUAUUACGUAAAUAAAUUUAUUUAUAAUAAGAGGCAAUAUCCUGGAGACACUCUUUCGAAAAAUAAGCCGACACCAGAAAAUAAGGGAAACAUCCAGUUAGACAAUCAAGAAGAAUCAUCAAGUGGCAAUACUCUUCACAAUCCUCCUGAAAAUAUAGAUGAAGUACCAUUGGACAAUAUGCCACCGUGUAAUUUAAAUGCCUUAGACCUGGCUCACCAUAACGUGCAUAAGGAAUUAGAGCAUAAUAGAAAUGUUUCCAUCGACUUGGACAAUCAACAGAUAUCAUCGAGUUGCAAUACUCUUCGAAGUUCUUCUGAUAAUACUGUUAAAGUACAAUCGAAGAACAUGUCACCGUAUACUUUCAAUUCCACGGACCAGGUUUACCAUAAUAUGAAUAAGGACUUAGAUUUCGUAUCUCAAGGUCGUAAGUAUCCAUUAAGCGUUGAAAAUUAUGAAAAUCUGAUGGAUGUACCAUCAAGCUACGUGCCACCAUACAAUCUACAUACUGUAAACCAAUUUCAAAAUAAUUCGAAUUGGAGCUCAAAUUAUGUAUCUCCAAAUGGUGAGUAUUCACCAAAUGUAACUAGUAAUCACAUCCAACAGUCGAUAGAUAUACUCCAAUAUGAUUACUUGCAAGACCGUACAUACUACAACUUUUAAAGUUGUAACUUAAAUUUUUAUACUCCCAAGAUGUUUAUACUCCAACUUAAUUUUUGUCUUUACUAUUUUUUAAAAUAUUACAGUGUUUUCAAAAUCUUACAAUUUCUUUUAUUGUAUUUUCGUGUGUUUGUACCAUUGCAUAAACUUAGUAAUAAAA